AUGGAUGUGCCCGACACACUAACAAACCAUCGCUUUCGGCAUCAAGCAGCGUAUGCAGCGAAGUUCUUCAGCCGCCUGGUCAACUACGACUGGAGUCGCGGGCGCGCUAAUACCGAAGCAGAUCUCUCUAUCGACCGACUGCGCUCGAAGAAAUAUCUCUUAACUGAGCUGCACUCUACCCUGCUACCUUUACUUCGACAGCACAUCAUCGCUAUCUCGCGAGCUUUGGGCGACUCAAACGGCUGGCGGCUAAACCCGACCCUCACCCUUGAGCUUGUGAUAGAGAUCCAACCAAAACUUGAGCUGACUUUGGAUCGAACAAUUUGUGCCAUUCAUGAUAUUAUUCCCGGAUCACGAUACAAAAAAACCCUAACAAAUGACCAACAUUUCAAAGAGCUCAAACGCUACAUCAUCCGCGGCUUGGAUCGCUCGUUUGGCAAUGAAUUGAAUUAUCACCUCGAUAGAUUUUUUUCCGAAUGUCGUUGGGUCAUGGAAUCACGCAUGCUCUCAGCCAACCGCCACCCUUCCGCUCCAUUCGUCGAUGAGGUACUGCAGUCGAUCGAGUCGGUUAUCAGUUGGUCAAAGGGAUCUGACUCACAGCAAAUUUAUAAUCAGUGGCAACUCGCAGCGGAAUGCAUUAAUCGUGCAUUGGACGACGCUUUUUCUGUGACGCAACUAAACGAGGGACGUAUCUCACAAUCAGUCAUCAAGCUCACCCAAUCGUUGAUCCCAGUCGUCAAACUAUCCAGUUUAUUUUUCAACAAAGUCUCAACCAAUGGAAUGGCCAAAAGCAAGCCACCGUUUUUUACAGAAAUGACUUCUCAUCAGCUCACUUCAAUGGAGGAAUCAGUCAACAAAAUUGCAGAUCAUGCCAUUAGCUUAAUCCCUUGCCUCCGAUUCACUGGCGAGAACCAGCAAGUCCCUAUUGCAACUAAUUAUUGCGAGCAUGUCGAGAGUCUAUUAUCUUGUCUUCAAUCUUGCCUGCUUCUUGUAGACCUGUACAUCUUACCGAGAUGCACUCAGACCAAUGGUUGUUCGUCUCAAACUUGCCUCAAAACUUGGCUUGUUACUUGGAACACUAUGUUCUCCGAAGCUACAAACAAUGCCACUGAAGCUUGUCAAUCAUUUGAAAUGGAAUAA